UCGUUAAGGAAAAGAAGUACUUGUAACACAUUGUAAGAACCUUUUCUCACUCCUAUUUUUGUUCUUAAAAAUGUGUUUUGUUUUUGUUUUAGACCUAGAAGGUUUUGACUCCGUGGUAUCAUCUACUGAGAAACUUAGUCAUCCAACUACAAGCAGACCAAAAGCUACUGGGAGGCGGCCUCCAUCCCAGUCACUCACAUCUGUGUCUGACAACAAGGCGUCCCUGCCACCCAAGCCGGGGACUAUGGCAGCAGGCAGUGGUCCAGCCUCUCUGUCUUCAGUGGCGUCCUCCCCCUUGUCAUCCUCUUUGGGAACAGCUGCACACAGAGCCAAUUCCCCAUCUCUGUUCAGCAUGGAAGGCAAACCAAAGAUGGAGCCUAUGACCAGCAACCAAGCAGCUGUGGAGGAGCUAAGGACACAGGUCCGUGAGCUGAGGAGCAUCAUCGAGACCAUGAAGGACCAGCAGAAACGAGAGAUUAAGCAGUUACUGUCAGAGUUGGAUGAAGAGAAGAAAAUCCGGCUUCGGUUGCAGAUGGAAGUGAAUGACAUAAAGAAAGCUCUUCAAUCAAAAUGAAUACUUGAUAAUUGAGAUGUUGCAUUAUUCAUCCAGAGUCCAAGACUCAAAUUUUCUGCCCCAGCCAAAAUAAUCUUGUGCCAAAAGAAUAAAGGUUUGCCUCAACAUGUCCCUGUUUGAAAGAUUAGCACAAAAGUCUUGAUAGCACAACACAAAUUCCAUCCAAGAGGAGAAUCUUCCCCAUGGUGUUAGUCCUGGGUCUGGCACUGGUUGUGACUUAGAGCAAAUUGUGCUAAAAGCUUUUCUACCUUGAGAUCUCAUGCGAAACAAAAACUCAGGCAGUUUAGUCCAUAGUGGUACUAUUUUGAUGAUAUUUUCCAUUAAUAAAAUGUAAUUUCAGAUUAUUCGUUUACAAGCUUUAUAAUUUUAUGAUUUUUUAAUUGUGUUUUGUCACAGAUGCCCCAAGUGUUUGUACUACACCUAGUCAGAAGCGAGCAUCUUGUUCUUUUGCUUCAGGCAGAAAGCUGCCUCACUUUGUGUUCCUCUUUAGAAUUCUAUUACAUAUGCAAUUUUAGGUCCAACCUGUCCCUUCCCCUGCCAGCAGACCCCACCGCCGUAAGAGAAAUUUUAGCUUAUAUAUGAUGGUAUAUUUACAAAAAGAAAAUCUGGUAUUUGCAAUGAUCUGUGCCUUCUUUUUACCACCCUCUUGAUUGGAGCUUUUGUGAUGCAGCUACCAUGAUUCAAAAAAUAAAUAAAUAAAAAUCAGCCACUUACCCAAGUCCACUAGAGGCCACUGUCUUCACAGCUUCUCUCACCCUAGCCAAAGGUCCUAAGUGGAGACAGCUGAGAAGUAGGACAUGGUCUGUGGUACCAGCUGUGACUUUUCAGUUUCUCCCACUUUUAGGUUGUUCAUGAAACUAGAAAUGUCAUCCCUGCUUGAUUUUUCAUCAGCCAAGUUAAACCCCUGCUUCCUGUCCUUUGCACCUUUUGCGUGAACAGAAUAUGCAUUAUUAAAGCAAAAAUAAAUAAAAGUAAAAUGCAAAUGAAAACAAGGGGGGGAAGUUGUAUUAUUUCCUGCACUUGGGUUAUCGGUGUGUGUUACUGUUUAAACUGUAUUCACAUAAUGUCAUUUGCCUUGCUCACUUGUAAUCCCUUCCUCAGGUCCAGGAGAAUGGGGGGAAGGUCUUGUUGAAGUGCACUCAUUGGAUCUUUCUUGCAUUUAUGGAAUUGCUUUUUUCUUCUCAAGGAAACUGAUGUUUGCUUGUCUGCUUUAUCUUUGUAGCAUAUGGAACAGUUCAGCCUUAGACUAUGUAACUGUUUUCUCAUCCUUAGCUGAAAAUAAGGGGCAUACUGUACUGCAAGAUUGUUCAGGGGUAAAAGGUGGCCCCCAAAGAUGUUUGAUGUGUUUCUAAACAGCCGCUUUGUCUAUUUCCUGCAUUUUAUAGUGCAACUCCGAAACAUAAAUAGAUUUGCACAACCACAAAGAAUGAGAAUUGAUAACACUGAAGGAAUGAUGCAAAAAAAAAAAAUCACCCCAUGUUAUUCAUCAUUGAAAAUAUAACAAACAAAUGUCUCUUCCUUUGUCUUCCUCUCUCCCUUCCCCUGCCUUGCUCUUGGCCUGCAGAUUCAUCUUUUCUGCUUGGGGCUGUUACUUCCCUCUCCAUAUUUAUAGAACCCCAAAGCCCUAGUCUUCCUGGAUGGGGACACAGUUACGGGAGGGAAGUGUGUAAAGGAACCAUGUACCUUUCAUUUCCCAUGGCUGCUACCCGUGGUCUCAGUGUGCUUGGGGCCAGAGCACCACGUUUCUAAGGCAGCAUAAACUAUUUCUGUACCCCCUGACUGUUCUAAGCAUUUCUGCAUUAAACUUGAAGACUUCAGAGAUUUCCCACCUAGUAUAUAACAAUGAGGAUGAGAUUCUUUGAAUUUUUCAUUUACUCAUCAAGAAAAUCCCUACUGAUAGAGCUUUAUAUGAUGUGUGUCCACAGUAGAAUUGUUACCAAUUAAAUGGAGAGAUUGGGGCACCUUCAUGGGGCACUGGCAACAUGGAACAUAGAGAGUCAAUGUCUUCCCCUCAUAGAGGCCAUUGGCUUUCUUCAUAUAAAGAGAGGGAGAAGCAAUGGUAGAAAAAGAAGUUGGCAUAUCCAGCUUCAUUACUGCCCAUUGGGAUAACCAGCAAGAGGAUUCUGCAUCAUGGAACUGGAUGAGCCACUGCCCAAACAGCCACCAUCUUUACUCUUGACAAAAUGGAACCACCAAGAACAUUGAAAAGCUUGGGAAUAUUACUUUUGAAAAAAAAUUCUUUGGCAUUCAGCAUGGACUCAACCAGGCAUCU